AUGCAGGGCGACGACCGAGCUCGCGCCGAGGGUCCCGGGUCCGGCCGGGGCGGAUCGCCUGCGUUCUCAUCCCUUUCCUCCCCUCCCCAUUCGCUCCUCCCGGUCGGGAAAAAAAAAAAAAAAAAAAAAAAAAAAAAAGCCCAGAAACUGGCUUCUCGGCGCUUCUCUUUGCUCCAUCGCUGGGACGCGAGGAUGGCGCCUGCGGAGAGCUGCCUCUCCGCCGGACUAGGAACCACAGGGAUGGGGACGGAGGUUGGUCUUCUCCCUCGGCACAUCCUGUCCACCCUCCCGGCACCGUCCUCCCAGGGCAGGCGCGUAAUGGAUGUCCCUUCCAAUGGUCUUUUCGUCCAAUAUCCGCAGCGCUACCUGCAAGGCCAGAGAGAGGAGGACACGCCCCGGGUGUCCAGACCGUCCAGGGGCUGGCGGUGGACGCGGCCACAGUGCCGGGACUGCGGGCACACGGGGCUGUGGACGCGCAGAGGAGACCAACCGAUCCCGAGAGGGGCUGGGGGUCGGGCAAACCCCGGGGGAGGCUAG